UUGUGCCUCGCAUCCCUGCUAUUGUUCGUAAAUACUCUGCAGUGGCUACUCCAGAGGGUCUUUCCCCGUUUGCUGCAGAACGUUUGGCUGUUGAGGAACAUGCAAAGAGUUAUAUAUCAACUUUUCGUUUUAUGUAG